AUGCCCUGGUCCGCCGCACUCCCUCAGGCGAUGUUCGCCCACCCCCUAGUCUCCAUCGUGACGCCCAUCGCGACAGGUUCUCUAAUCGGGUACCAGACCAACCGCAAAGGCCGCACCAAACAAACCUACCACUCGCUCAAAAAACCCCCUCUUUACCCACCAACCUGGGCCUUCCCCGUCGUAUGGACCGUCCUCUACGGCAUGAUGGGUUUCGCCAUCCACCACGCAACAGUUUCAGGGACCAUAGCCGGCGCAUAUCCCCCCUCAUUAUCAUCAUCAUCAAUAGUCCAAGACUGGACCGUCAAGUCUCAGACGCUAUACAUUUCCCAACUGGCGUUGAAUCAUCUCUGGAUGCCGCUGUUCUUCAUGUUCCGGAAGCCGGCGUGGGCGUUGGCAGAUCUGCUGCUUCUGAGUGGGAAUGUGGCGGCGUUGAUGCAUAUCUGGUGGAAGCAUGACCGGGUGGCUUUUUGGUUGAUGACGCCGUAUGCGGCUUGGUUGGGGGUGGCGACGUAUUUGAAUGCUGGGGUGGGGAUUUUGAAUAAUUGGGUCAUUGGGGGUGAGAGGAGGAAGGAGGAGUGA